CAGAGCAAACCAGAACUCGAAAUUGGAGUAUUAUAUCGAAUUGUUCUUUUUUACUAAAUUUYGAAAAUAUUUAUGCAUGAAAAAUCAGCAAUCAACUCCUAAUAGUAAAUUAUUUGUCGAAGAAGGGCAAGCAACCAGCCGACUGGUAUUAGAAGACUAGGUCUAAUGAACGCAAUCGAUUGAGAACUGUUAGGGAACUUUAUUCAUUUUUCUGUGGCCCAUUCUUCUCAUGACAUGAGCUCACUACAACCCAUUAUAUUCUUUUUUUCAUAAAAAACUAAAAUCAACUAGAAAUGUACACAUUCUCAAUUCGAAAAUUCAGUUUAUUCUAUCCCUGAACUYAAGUGGCAAAAUGUCACUUUUUUGGCAAAAUGGCAAUUGGCAAAAUGUCUUUUUGAAUGCCUAUGCSACGACCCGGCGAUAUCUCCUGGUCGUUUUACGUCAUGCAGUUGGAUUCCAAAGUUUCAAAUGAUACCAUCUGCGGCGUACAUCACGCCAUUUCAUCUGUAUUUACCUCGAUAUAUUGCAAUAAAUGUGCAUGGCAUGACUAAGAAUGGGUUCUCUCUCUGUAAUGGGAAUAAACUGAAAAUGAUAAAUUAUUCUAUAGAAAUCAGGAGAGGUUUAUUAAGAUUGUUUAUUGUGCUUUCAUGCUGACCCUCAUAUUGUUUUCAAGUUGUUUGUGGUGGUAAUUCCUCGAAUACCUGACAAGUAAUGCACAACAACUCACCUACCCUGCUUGUAUAGUCAGUUACAUAACUGCUGACAAGAUUCUYGCCAGCUUGCACGUGCAGCACGAGAUUGCACGUUCAGCACGGAGGUUAUUGGCGGCACAACGAAGCAGAAGAACGCGGUUUGAAUGCAGAAUGGGCUCUGAGAUUUUGCAAUGGAAAGGAAUUGAAGAGUAUUCCGURRAAUGUCUGGACAUAUUUUGUCAGAAGUCAGGAAAAGUUCAUGAGAUUGUCAACUCACUUUAAUGCUGACACUCAUGUUGUUUUCAUGUAAUCAGGGGGAGUUCGUCGACUCACAACUCUUGCUUACAUAAUCAGUUACGUAAAAUGURCAGAGCUUAUGCAGUGAUUUACACUUGCACGCGUAGCACGAGCUUGCACGCGCAUCAGGGAACAUUUCAGUGUCAUGUUUACCAAAACAUUUUGCUAUAAAUGUGCAAGCUUGUGCCCUUAGAAAUCAAUAACGACACGACUCAGCAAAAGACAGUGCUUUUCAGAAUGUGUUCUACAGAGAUUUUGCAGUGGAAAGGAACUGAAGAACAUUUCAUGAAGUGUUUCGAUUUUUUUCGUCAGAGAUCAGGAGAAGUUCGCGAGAUUAUUAACUCACUCCGCUCCAGUAUUCCAUCGGCGUUSGAAAGCAUCCUUGAUGAGACAAACCCUAAAGGUGGAGUCAACAUUUUGAGUAUUGGUAGUGGAGACGGAAACAUGGACAUAGAAAUACUGAAGAUUGUCAAUGAAGAGAUGCGAAAGAAUCGUCCAAAUCAUGCAGCCAAAAUGUUCAACCGAGCUGUAGAACCACAAGUGCACGCCUUGAACCAGUACAAGAAUACAGUAGCCACACGCCUACCAAAGGAAUUAAGCAAUGCAUCAGUAGUGUUCGAUAUCGACCGGCCUAAAACAUUUGAAGAGUACGUGGCAAAUAUCAAAGAGACUGUGGAGUUUGAUAUCAUUCAUUUUAUUCACUCCAUUUAUCAUAUCACUGAUGUAGAGAAAGCUCUGAAGCACUGCUACGAGAAAGGACUGGGGAAUCGAGGUGCCAUASUUUUGAMUGUGAACGGAAAAGAUGAUACUCUUGAGCUUAUAAAACGCACGCUAGGAAUUAGUCAUUUGGGUAGUGAGAUCGUUGAAAUUGUACGACAAAAUGGCUGGCGUCACGAGAUUUAUCGCCAAGAAUGUUUCACCGAUGUAACCGAGGUAUUCGACGAAAAAUCGAUCGAAGGAAACCUGUUGCUUGAUUUCUUUGCACAUUCGGAGUGUUUCCGCUUGAAUGAUGAUCCUGAAAAAGUCAAAAUAACCCUAGACUGCAUCAAAGAAAUGUCGACAUUUGAGGAUGGAAAGUUUUUGGCAAAGAAACAUGACGAUGUAUAUAUAAUUUUCAAGUAAUUUUAUAUCCAAUUAAUGUACUUGUCUCAACGUUCAGUUGCCGUUGUUGUCAGUUUUUAGGGUUUAUUAGUCGGACUAGCCGAAGGCGGUCCGACUUUAAAUUUACCUUUUAGUCAAUCUAUCUAUCUAUGUGUCAUGUCGCGUUUGGACCACCGGAAGUUAAGAACUGAAUGAUUAACUAUUGGGUUGGCUGUGUUAUUACAUGACCGGAAGCUCAAACGUAUUGAUGUACGAAUAUCGUUAGUAAACGUUAUAUACUACUCGCGCUUUUAUGACAAAAAAA